AUGCGUACCUCCACACUGGCGACGCUCGCCUUGGGCGCCGGUGCUGCUUCUGCAGCUUCCGUCAAGAGACAAAGCAGCUUGCCCUCCGUCUCUGUCAAGGGAAAUGGCUUUUUUGCGGGCAAUGACCGAUUCUACAUUCGUGGCGUCGACUAUCAACCUGGUGGUUCCUCCGACGUGGCCGAUCCCAUCGCCGACGAAGCGGGCUGCCAGCGAGACCUCGCAGAAUUCCAGAAGCUGGGCAUCAACGCGAUUCGCGUCUACACUGUCGACAAUACUGCAUCUCAUGACGCCUGCAUGAAUGCACUGGCAGAUGCUGGCAUCUACCUGAUCUUGGACGUCAACACCCCCAAGUACUCUCUCAACAGAGCCGAUCCUGGCCCAUCCUACAACGAUGUAUACCUCCAGAGCAUCUUUGCUACCAUCGAUGCCUUCCACGGCUAUAGCAACACCUUGGCUUUCUUCUCCGGCAAUGAAGUCAUCAACGAUCCAGAAACUUCUGCUGCUGCUCCGUAUGUCAAGGCUGUCACCCGCGACAUCCGACAAUAUAUCCGCAACCGCGGCUACAGAACCAUCCCUGUCGGCUACUCGGCGGCUGAUGUUGCAGAGAACCGUUUGGAGAUGGCCGAGUACAUGAACUGCGGUACCGACGACGAGCGGUCAGACUUCUUCGCGUUCAACGACUACUCCUGGUGCUCUCCUUCAUCCUUCCAAACUUCUGGGUGGGACCAGAAGGUCAAGAACUUCACUGGCUAUGGUCUCCCGAUCUUCCUGUCCGAAUACGGUUGCAACACAAACACCCGUGACUUUGGUGAAGUCGAGGCUCUUUAUAGCACCCAGAUGACUCCGGUCUACUCUGGUGGCUUGGUCUAUGAAUAUUCUCAGGAACCCAGCAACUACGGUUUGGUCGAGAUCAGCGGUAACUCUGUCUCCGAACUGCCCGACUUUGGUGUGCUGCAAGAGCAGUUUGCCAAGACCUCCAAUCCUCAAGGUGAUGGUGGCUACAACUCCACUGGCGGUGCUUCUGGCUGCCCUGCUUUCUCCGACCCCAACUGGCUCGUCAAGGAUGAUCUUCUCCCCGCCAUUCCAGACGGUGCUAAGAAGUACAUGACCGAAGGCGCCGGCACUGGGCCUGGUCUCGAUGGUCCUGGCUCGCAGAACGCUGGUGGUGCUUCUACUGGAACCGCCACUCAAGGCAGCGGACAGGCCACGCAAACUGGUAGCUCUGGCAGCGACUCAACUUCUUCGGGCAACGCUGCUGCGUCCGUCAGGGCUCCCGAAUGGUCUUUCGCUCCGAUGGUUUGUGCUGCUGUUGUCGUCAUGUCGACAUUUUUGGGCGCCACCUUGCUGUAA